UGCUUCACACAGGAAAUCUAUUGCUGUGUCAAGUUCCAGAGAAGAGUUUCUUCUGUUCCAAGAGUUUUCUCAGUCUGAAACCCAGAGUUGAAGGAAGGGACAAGUAGGACAGGAGUGUCCCGCUGCUGAUGGGCUGAGAGGAUUGAGCACGGAGAAGCUGACAGAAAGAACUUCACCAUGUCCACAGCUCCUUUCAUACCUAUGUGGAGGAGAAGGAGUGAGUGAAGGGCAGAAAAUAAGAGAACAGAAAUGCCCUACUUUGGGAGAACUUCUGACCUACAGCUACUACCAAUACUGACAGUCUUCUUAGCGGCUGGGUACUUAAGUGCAGGAGUGGAGGGUUUUACUACAUCAGGCAACUCAACACAGCAAAUGGGCCAGAACAAUAAUGGUUCGGCUUCGUCUAUGGAUGGAAAGCAGAACCAUACAAAAGUUCCUACAGAAGGUAACACUUUCCUGACUGUGUUGGAGGACACAAAGGCUGUGCUCCCCUGUCCUCCUGUACCAUUGACAAAUGUGGUUAUAACAACAUGGAAAAUAGUGCUCAGAGACAAGCCUUCCUGCAUCAGAGCCUACUGGAGAAAUGAGAAAGGAGGGGGGAAUGUGACCACAAACUGUACUGACGAGAGAAUAACCUGGCUCUACAGACCUGAGCGGAAUUGUUCCCUUCAGAUUGAUCCAGUGGUCACCAGUCAUGAUGGGUUUUACAGGUGUGAAGUGGCAACACCUGAUGGGAAUUUCCAUCAUGGAUAUCACCUCCAAGUGUUAGUGGCCCCUGAGGUGACCCUGUUUCAAAGCGAGAAUAGAACAGCGGUGUGCAAGGCAGUUGCAGGGAAGCCAGCUGCUCGGCUCUCCUGGACCCCAGAGGGAGACUGUGUCCCUGAGCAUAGGUACUGGGGCAAUGGCACAGUGACUGUCCAGAGCACCUGCUACUGGGCAGAGAGCAAUGUGUCUACUGUGUCCUGCUCUGUCUUCCACGAGGCUGGCAACUGGAGUCUGUCCAUAGAGCUGAAGCAAGGUGCCAAAAUACCAGAGAACUUACGUAUUGUAUGUAUCAUCCUCCCUAUACUUUUUGUCUUGGUCAUCAUGGGAUCCAUUUGGCUUUUGAAAAUUGGCUGCAGAAAAUGUAAAAUGAAAAAAACAGAACCUACUCCAGUUGAGGAGGAUGAAAUGCAGCCCUAUGAGAGCUAUACGGAGAAGAGCAAUCCACUCUAUGAUACCACAGAAAGGGUUCUGAAGACAUCUCAGGUGUUACAAAGUCAAUAGGAUGAAUCUCCAUACUUUAUAAAUUGCUGGAAUCUGGCACCAGGAGAAAUGAAUCAAGAUAUAAUACAAUACAGUUACUGUUUUGAUUUUCUUAGAGUUCUAGAAAAGAAGAUCUAUUUUGAAAUCAGCUUUUUAAAGAUUCUUAGAAGACAGAGAGAUGUUCUAAGGGAUUUUCUUUCAUAUCCUUAUACAAUUGAAAUUUCAGAAUCAUAGUUGUGACCAGCUAGUUCUCUGAAGAACUGACAUUAUUACAAAGAAAGCACAUAUUCAUGAUAAAAUAUUCAAAUUAUUCAGUGCAUAAAUAAUAAAAACUGGUUUCCUCAAGAAGUAAUUCUACAGAAGAAACAAUCAUGAACAAGUUUUAUGAUUUCCCUCAGAAAGUUUCUAUGUGCCUAUGACAUAUACAUAUACUCAUUGUAUGUGUAUAUGUAUAUGUCUACUUACAUAUACAGACAUAUAUUCUUGAUGAUACACAGAUGAGAAAAUGCUACAAUGUUGUUCUGUACUUAUAGAAAGCUAAUAAUACAAUAUAUCUUGGAAAUCUUUAUCUUUUAUUAGCACAAGCAGAGCUACCUCAUUCUUUUUAAAGGCUACAUAAAAUUUCAUUGUAUGGUUGUAUUGUAAUUUAAUCAACCACAACUCUAGUGAUGGACAGUUAGAUUGUUUUAAGUUUUGUUUAUUUGUUUGUGUUUUGCUAUUAUAAACAAUACCAUACAGAACAUUUCUUGUGGGUAUGUGCUUGAAUUUGUUUGAGUGUAUUUAUAGAGUAAUUUCAGGUCAAAGGGUCUGUGCAUUUUUAUUAUUGAAUGAUAUGCCAAAUCGUAUCUAUUUACAUUCCCUCCAAUGGUUUUUGAAUGUGCCUUUCCUUAUACUGUUAUUAUUAUGCCUGCAAAAUUCCCACUUUAUAUUUUUAAUCAACCAGUUACUGAAUAUGAUGUAAAAUUGUAAUAAGAAUUAUACUAUUUAAUAAAUGCAGACUUAUUGUCUGUCACAUUUAUGAAAGAGAGAUUAAGAAGGAGAGAUAGAGAGAGAAAGAAGAAAUGAGAACACAUAUGAGGAUUUCAGCUCAUUGUAUCUCUGUGGGGGUAUUGAUGUCUAAUAUCUAAUGCUUAAAAGUUUCACAGAUAUGAUAAAAUGGAAAUGUGUGCUGUAUAAUAUACAUUUUAUUGUGAUGUAUUUACCAAGUAACAUGUUUAUUGACUAUGUAAGCAGUCAAUAUGCUUUACAGAGCUAAAUGAUAUGCAUUACAGAGGAGUUGGAAAUCUAUGUAAUAUGGUAUGUGUUAGUAGAAUGGCUGUGGGAUGACACGACUCUCCCCUCCAUUUUCUGUGGAAUAAAAUGUUAACAAUA